AUGGUGAUGGAUACCAGGCAGUCUCGUCGAAAGAGACGAAACAGUGCGAUUUCUGCCUCGGAUCUAUGCUCCUCUACUACCUCAUCCAAGAACACUCGACAGACCAAGGCGUCAACCUGCGAGACUCCCCGCCAGUCAGCCAAGAGGGUCCGUUUUUCCGAUCCCGGUCCUCAGCUGCAAAAUGACUUGACCUAUUCGACCGGGCUCACGCCUGCGAUGCUUCGCACGUCGUUUGAUGACUCGGCAAACUCAGACGUGCCUCGUACCCCGAGUCGGGCGGCGCGACGACGCUCAACGCCGCUCCCGCGGCGCCGUUCGUUGGAUCCUCUGAUGCCGAUGGACCCUGUUACUUCCGAGCGCGUGGUGCAGUUCACCCCGUUGCGGCAAAUCCUGGACUCUCGGACCCAACGGCGAAUCCGUCGGGUCGGGCUAAGUGAUGAGAUCAAUAAUCUCGAACGCGAGAAGCGGGAGGUUGCCCAAUACGAAAAGUCCCUACAGACCCUGUUGCAAGAGAGGGAUGCUCUGAAAAAGGAGCUAGAGUCGAGUAAGAGAACUCGAGACACUCCCGACAGCCUUCCCUCGGGCGAGGAUACUGUGUGCAUGUCACCCCAGGCGAAAAUCGAUCAUUUGGAAUCCGAAAACGGUCGCCUGCGGGAGGAGAUCUCCUCGUCCUUUAUCCAUCGCUCCGAUACCGCGCCGUCUGAAGGUGACACUAUCAGCAUCGAAGAUAGCGGGUUCGAAGGGGAUACGAUACUCAUGUCCUAUUCUCCGGAUCUCCGUGGGUCCGACGAACAUCCGACGCUUGGCUUACAUGAUCUUCCUCCUCUAAGUCCUGAGCGUUCGGUUCAUGAAUCCUCUCCCGCGGCGCCCGGGUCUGGACACAGCCGAGACGGAGAGAUCCUUGCCCUUUCACGGGAUCUCGAAGCCGCGAGGAAGGAAAAGAAAGACCUGUUUAACGCGUGUCGAGCUCGGUUUGCCUCUUUGGAGGGAACUCCAUUGGAGCAUCAUCUGCGCCAAACCUCCCCGCCACCAGAGUUCUUCGAUCAGCUUGUGCCUAGUCUAACAGAAGCCGUCUCACGGGCCUCUAAUGCCGUUGGCGCUCUUGAUUCAGUCAAAAGGGUAAUCUCCGGUCUAGGUUUCCCUGGCGAGGACGUGGAAGAGAUCGUCCACGAGAUGCGUGAUAGGUUCCGCUCAGCCCGCCUCCAAUUAGAACGUGCGGUUCCCGGUGAAACCGCCAACGCUGGCCUAAACGACGGGAAUGCUACCUUGGGCGCCUUGGUGAAGCGCGUCGAAUUACUUGUCGGGAGUCUUAGGGAAGAGCAAGUGCGCCAUGAAGGCACCGUUGGCCGCGAGAAAGCCUUGCGUAGACAGUUCGACGAUUUGUUAGUGCGGUAUGAGGGCGCAUCGAAAAAGAUUGGAGACCUCGAAGCCUCUAUGGCUGCAUCAGCCGGAGAUAUGCUCCAUACGAGAAUGCGACUGCAGGAGCUUGAACGUGAAGGACAGGAGCAGAUCGUCGGGAUUGACCGACUGAACGUGGCGCUUAGCAAGUAUCGCGAUGAGGUCAAGAGUCUUGAGCAACUUGUGACGGACCUAGAGAAAGAAAAGGUCUCGGUCAACAAGAAACACAAUGAACAAGUCUCCGAACUGGAGACUAAAAUGGCGGGCGAAUUGGAAGCCCGCCGUGCAGCGGAAUCGGCUCUUGCGGAGCGAGAGGCACGGAUUCAUGGAUUGGAAGCGACCGUCGAGCAGAAUCGGAUUCGCGCGUGCGACCUAACCGCGAGGGUUGAGUCAAUUGAGCGAGAACGUCGACAAACCAUUGAGAGCCUGGAACAACAAGCGACCGACCAACUGCAGCGCCACCAACAGGAAGUGGGAUCGAUGAACGUCCGUGUUUCAGAGCUUACGACAUCGCUUGAAGGCGCUAAAUCGGAGAUGGACAAACUCCGUCGCGGCAACACAGAUUUGGAGGAGCAAUUGCGUCUUGAAGUCGAGGCCCGAGAUAGUCUGCUAGACAGAUGGGCUGCAGACCAAGCGCGGUCCUUUGCCUUUAUGAAGGAAACAGUCAAUGCAGAGCGGCGGAGAGCGAAGGUCCGCACCGCCAAUUUCGAGCUCAAGUCGGACGAGCUGCAAUCCGACAGUACGAAUCCAGGCAGUGAGCCGAUCACUCCAGUCAGCAUGACACGGUUUGUCGACGUGGAGGUCGGACGGGGAAAGCAGCGGAGAACAUUUGACAGUGGAAUUGGUAUUCUUACCGACGACCUCCUGGAUGAGGCUGGUGAGAAUGACGAUCGCAGACUGCUUCCUUCUGAUCCAGCCGAUCUUUAA